CUUUACCUUUUUUUACCCAAACAAAGUGUUUAGUACCAGAUAUAACUCACCUGUGCCCGAAUAUGUUCACCCCUUGCUCUGGACAAUGAUCACUGAAAUUCCCAAAAUCCCCAGAUCCUAAUUGAAAUGAGCAACAAAUCCUCCUGAAACAUUCAAAGGAUCAACAAUGAUAAGAAGCAGACUCUCUUCGUUGCUCUCAACAUCUUCAUUCCUCCUUAACACCAAGCCCAUUCCCAACCCCUCACCACUCUUCCAAUUCCGUUCCUUCACUUACUUCCACAGUCCCGGCAGCAUUAACAAUAAUGGCCCCUUGUGGCUUCAAGGGAUUAGGGCAUACAGUCUUUUGAGCUUAAACGAUCUAAGAGACAAUGUUCCCAGAAAGCAGAAAACGAGGAAGGGCAGAGGGAUUGGGUCCAGCAUGGGGAAGACUGCAGGAAGAGGCAAUAAGGGACAGAGGGCGAGAAAAGGUGUCAGGUUGGGGUUUGAAGGUGGGCAAACCCCUAUGCGCCGCCGUUCGCCUAAGCGGGGCUUCAAGAAUCCGUUCAGCCUCACUUUUCAGCCAGUUGGGUUGGGGAAUAUUGCCAAACUUAUUAAUGCUGGAAAAAUAGAUUCUCAUGAAUUGAUCACAAUGAAAACUCUCAAGGAUGUUGGGGCUGUAGGGAAGCAGAUAAAAGACGGUGUAAGGUUGAUGGGACGCGGUGCUGACCAAAUCAAAUGGCCAAUUAACAUGGAGGUCUCAAGGGUGACAAUUAGAGCAAAAGCAGCUACUGAGGCAGCAGGGGGGUCCGUCCGAAGAGUGUAUUACAACAAGCUAGGCAUUCGGGCAUUGCUCAAGCCUGAGUGGUUUGCAAAGAAGAGAAGGUUACUGCCAAGAGCAGCUAGACCACCUCCCAAACUGAAGGAUAAAGUUGAUAGCAUUGGCCGCCUGCCUGCUCCAACCAAACCUCUUCCAUUCUUCACUGAAGAAGCAGCAGCCUCUAAUGUAUCAGUGUAAAAAACAAGCGAUCAGUUUGUCGGUUUCCACCUCUAGAGGUUUUGUAUUCAUAAUGGCGAAUGGAAUAUUACAAUGAGCAAAUUGCGCCUCGGAAGACUAAUCCCAUUUUUUAAGUGGCAUUUUGGUACUCUACAUCAUUGGGAAUUCACAAUGAUGAAGCGAAUGCUUUAUGGUCUUUAUCGAGUCCUUAGGGUCUUCUUGCUGGUGCCUUCUGAUAAGUUGUUAACCCUUUUUUUAUACGCUGUGAUCUUCUGUCCAGAGUAGAAGACUAGUGGGAAAGGUAUACUGUAUUCUACUAAUGGCUAGCUAUAGGAGAAGUAUUGAG